UUUCGAUUCGAUUUGAUAUUCCUAUAAGCAAUCGCAAUUUGAGUUCGGCGUCUCUCGAUUAAUUCACACUUUUCUGUUUUUCUUGUCAUGUGCAUGAUUUUGCUGUUCUACGUGUUUUUCUUAAACCAUUUUUGGGAGAGGUGUUCAACUACAUUAAAUGUGCCUAACUCAACUGAUUUUUUUAUACCUAUGGAAGAAAAUAGAAAAGCUGCAUUUAUUUAUUUAUUUAUUUUCAAAGGUGAUUGAUGUUUCAUCCAGUGUUAUUUUUCGUUUCGUAGAGAUUAUUACACACAAAAGUAAUGAAGAAGUAGUUGCGCUAAGGAAUUUAUGGGGAGGAGCUUUGGGGAUGGGAUCUAAUAAUAAUACUUUCCAGACUUAGUGUCAUCAAGAACGAUGAGCAUCUUGCAAGGGAAACGGAAGCGCCAAGACCUGGCUUCUGCACUCUCUGCGUCGAUGACGAACGAGGAGCGGGUGAUUUACAAUAUCAUUCGCGGGAAGAAGGAGAUGGGGAUAUGGCAAGGGGACAUCAAAAGAGAAACCAACAUCCCUGACAGCAUAUUGAAGAAAUCGAUCAAGUUGCUAAUCUCCAAGACUCUUAUCAAGGAAGUUGUGAACAUCCAAAACAAGUCCAAGAAGGUGUUGAUGGCCAUGGAAUUCGAGCCCUCUAAGGAGAUCACUGGUGGAGAGUGGUAUACCGAAGGCAGGCUCGACACACAGCUCAUCGAUGCUCUGUCUGAUGUCUGCUUGAAGCUUAUUUCUCGGAAAAAGAUCGCUACCCGCGAUGCAAUCCUCGAGUGGACUAGAACCUUAGGAAAUGAGGUUUUUCCUGGUGGAGUCAGUCCAGGACAGGUGGAACAAAUUUUGAAAGUUUUGGUUAUGGAAAAUAAGUUACAAGAGGUGAACAGCACUGGCUUUGGGGAUUUUUCAUCUGUUCCUGCUGGUGAAGUUUGUUUUAGGUGGGUUUCCUCGGUUUCAAUCUGGAGUUCAAUUGGAAAUAUACCAUUUGGAUGUUUUGUAUUAUGGCUUGAGAUGCCUAAUCCUCCGCUGGGAGGGUCAGCAUGCUGGGCAAUGGCAAAGUCUUGGAUAGAUGUGCAAGUGGACUUGGAAAUCACUCGUUCACAGCCAGGGGGAAUUGUUCAACAUUUGGAUAUGUAGUUGAUGGAUAUCAAUGCUUCUUCAAAUUCAAGAAUCAAUGCUGCAAAACCGUCUAGUAGUUUGGAUAUCUACAUACUGUGGAAGUCUGGAAAACAAUUACUCUAGAGUAAAGGAGAUGGAGACUUUGUUGGGCUCAAGAGAGUGUGUAUCUAUAUACUCAAGCCUCAUGAUUCAAGAUACACUUUCUUGGACUCAAACCUUGUGCAAAUUUUGAUUUCAUGUAGAACCAAGGAGGUUUCAGCUUGGGUGGGCUAUCUUAGUCUUAGUAGUGUUGACUAGGUCUAGCUUUGGACUAGUGACUUGAAGGUAUUGAAGUCAAGAAUCAUGGAAGGUUUUGUGGAGGCUUGGGAGAGGAGGCAACUUUGAGGUUUGUGUUGUAGAAGCUCAUUUGGCUUGGUUUUUGGUACCUUGACUUCAUAUGGAUAGGGAGAGAGCUAUGGAGUGAGUAUUUGGUGUGGAUUAGAGUAGGUUUUCUUGGUAUUUAGUUAUGGUGGCCAUGGUAGCUUCUUAGUUAGAGUGUGGCAAUAUUUAUGGUGGUGACUUGGGGUGGUUUCCAUGGUGGUUCUUGGGGGCCAAGGAUUGUUUAGGAAUUAUAAAACAUAAUACCUACUUGUCCAUUCUGUAUAUCUCAGUUUUUGAGCCAAUGACAUUUCAUUACAUGAAAUAUAAUAGAGAAGAGAGCCUGCACCUCCCAAGCUUUCUUCCUAUACCUCCAAUUUUUUCACCUUC